AUUAUUCUUAAUAAAGCUAAUGGGAAGCUUGAUAAGUGAUAAGAAACAAGAUUUGAUCACAGUCUGAGUACCAACGCAUUCGAAUACACAACCCAUCGCCGAAAGGUCACCUGCUCCACGAUGAAAGGCAAAACUAUUCUGGUGACUGGAACCGGACAAGGAAUAGGAUGUGCUUUGGUGCAUGUUUUGCAUUCACUCGGAGCGAAAGUUAUUGCUGUGGCACGACGUCCCGAAAGUUUGGCGCAACUGAAAGCAGAAUGUCCCAAUAUAGAAACAAUUUGCGUUGAUUUGAGCAACUGGGAUGCAACAAAAGCGGCCUUGAAAGAUGUUCCCCCGUUGGAUGGCCUGGUCAACAAUGCUGGUGUUGCGGUAAUCAAACCAUUCGAGGAAAUCACUGAGAAAGACUUUGACGAUAACUUCAAUGUGAACAUAAAAGCCGUGUUCAAUGUUACACAAACUCUGUCGCCAAAAUUGAAAUCAGGAUCGAGUAUUGUGAACUUAUCAUCGUUAGCAGGACAACGGUCUUUCGCCGGUCACAGUGCGUAUAGUGCCUCGAAAGCAGCUGUUGACUCGUUAACUAAAAGCCUUGCUUUGGAAUUUGGUCCAAGGAAAAUUCGCGUGAACGCUGUGAACCCGACAGUUAUCCUAACUAAAAUGGGCCGAGACCAUUGGUCUGACCCAGCAAAAGCCAACGGACUAUUGAGCCAUAUUCCCCUGAGAAGAUUUGGAGAAGUCUCCGAAGUGAACGAUGCUAUCAUCUUCUUAUUAAGUGACAAGGCGAGUUAUGUGAACGGCACAACGAUGCUCUUGGAAGGAGGUUAUUCUGCAUCAUAAAGGAAUGAUUGUAGAAUUAUUCGAAAUAAAUCUGUAUGGAAGACUUAAAAAA